CAAUACCAACUUGCAUUUGUAUAGCAUCUUGAAAUAACUCAAGGUGCUUUGCAGGAGCAUUACUGAAAGAAAAUUUAACAUUGAGUUAAAGAAGGAGUGAUUAGGACAGAUGCCUGAAAGCUUGGAUAAAUAGAUGACCCAGGGGCUCUGAAUUUGGCAGUACCACCCUUUAUCUUUGUGGAAAGUAGUUGAAAAGAAACUAUUUUCACUGAUCGAGAUAUCCAGCGCAAAGGAUCAUAACCUUGAAAUGAGGACAAUGGAACAAGCCCGACUGCAAGUUGCUAUUGGACUCCAGCAAAUCUCAGACAAGGUCGAGGGAAGAUUAAUGUCAGUGACAGUCAAAGAUCCUAAAACUUUGUCCGUAAUAAAUCAGAACACAGGAGAAGAGGAUCGGACAUUUGAAUGUGAUGCUGUCUUCAUCCAGGACACUGAGCAGGAGAUGGUCUAUGAGGGAUUGGUAAAACCAAUGCUUUCCAGGACAAAGCUGGGGUACAACAUGGCUCUGAUUGUGUGUGGCACCGAGGCAUCUGUCAGGAGCAGGCUGCUCCAGGGCGAUGAGAAGUGGGAUGGCAUCAUGUGUAAGAUUUUAAAGGAAUUGUUUGAAGAAUUGAAGAACGAUGAAGAUCAUCAGAAGCAUCUUAUCACAGUUUCAAAUAUUCAGGUAAAAUCAGUUGGAUUUUAUAACACAUAAUCACACAGCCCUGAUCCCUGCUGGUCCUCCAAUCACACAGCCCUGAU